AUGGUUGAAGAUCACAAGGGUGUGGUUGAUAAGAAUGAGGAUGAGGUUGAACCUGGGAGAACCAGCGUUACAGUGUUUUUCCCAGCAGAACACCCUACUCCUCAGAUGCACAGCUCAAGUGUGUCUGACCAGGCCAUGUUACAGCUAGACAGAGAUGACUGUAAGGAACAUCCAGACCAAGGGGGGCAGGAGGUCUUGGGACAUGCCCGUCAGUGUUCGUUGUGUGAGAGAUACUUUGAUUCUCCCUCCAAACUCCAAAUUCACAUCCUCUCACACACUGGCCACGUGCCCUUUUGCCGCUCUGACAGCAGCAGAAAAUCCAAACAGCACAGCCAUUUGGAAAGACACCAGCAAAACCACAAUGGACGGGCAAGCUCUGAAAGUCCUGGAGUCUUGGACUGCCAAAGCGAGACACCCAGAUUACUGCCUGGGUUUGGUCUUCCAGGAAGACCUGAGGGGGAUGCCUGCUUCCUCAAAGAAGAACAAGACCAUCAAAACACCCACACAUUGGACCCCACCUGCCUCACGCCUUCCAUCACGCCAAAGCACAGCAAAGCGAAAGCACACCAGUGUACAGUCUGUCUGAAGAAUUUUAACGCCCCCUCCAAGCUGUCCAGGCACUUCCUCGUGCACACGGGCGCGAAGCCGUUCAGAUGCAGCAUCUGCGACAGGACAUUCCGGCAGCGCUGUCACCUGCAGAGCCACAGACGGACACACUCGGGGAGCACACACAGCGGCGUUCAGCAGAGCGAAUUGGCAAAAACAUGGGACCAGGGUGAGAGCUCCCCUCCAGAGAAUCUCUCUCUUCCUGAAGAAUGGUCUAGCACUGCCGCCUUUCCUCUUAAAGAGAGCAGAGACCAAAUAUUACAGUCUUUCGGCGCCAGCCCCAACCGCUGCUUGACUGUUUCCCAUGACCUUUUGAACACGGCAGUGAAUGCGGAGUCAGCAUCGGCCGAGACACCCCUCUGUGCAAAGUCGGAAAUGACAGUGUGUAAGACUGAGUGUCAGGGAGAAUUUCCCUUUUCUCCUGACCUUGAAAGUCACAACUUCAUCCACACAGGAGAGACUUCCCAGUGUGACCAGGCUCUCCAACAGACUAUGGACCUCCACGUUGACCAGAUCCACUGUAGCUCCAGCCCAAGUCCCAGUCAGACGGGCGCAGUUGGCCCUGAGAGUCAGAAAGGGGGCAUGUACCCCUUCGAUCAGGCAGGAUUCAGCUCAGACACCGCUUUGGAGUACAGUAUGACUAUGAAUGAGCAGGAGGAGGACCCAGGGGAUUGGACUGCAGGAUCUGAGGUCACUGUGGACCCUGGAGUCCCCGUCAGACGCUUGUGCAACUCCCUCAGUGGGCUCUACUGCUGUGAGGAAUGCAGACGGUGUUUUGACACGGAGAAAAAGCUGCGGCUUCACAGGUGUUCUCACAGACGCCAGGAGAGACAGAAGAGUGUCUACCAGUGUGCCAUCUGCCCCAAAACCUUCGAGGCCCCAUCCAAGCUGAAGCGGCACUAUGUCACCCAUACCGGACAGAGGCCCUUCCAUUGUCCCACCUGCGGGAAGACUUUCACCCAGUCGGGCCAUUUAAAAACCCACCAGCUCAUUCACAGAUAG